CUCUUCCACUUCUUCAGGCGUUAAAGCUGUUCUCUUCUCCCUUUCAUUUGCUUUCCCGUGUCACCUUCCUCGUGAACACUCCACCCUACAUAUUCCAUCGCCGACCGCCGAUCAGAUCUGAAAAAGACAAUGCCGAGGACUGCGUUCUCCAGCUCAAGUAACUGCCCAAGGAUUGAUGUCGCCGUCGACAUGGGGAACCCCUUCCUCAACCGCACCGUCGACGGUUUCCUCAAGAUCGGAGCGGUUGCCGCCUCCAGGGUUGCCGCGGAGGAAACCUUCCACUUUUUGCAGAAAGGGAGCAUUAACAAAGGCAACUUUGAGGAUGCUCUAAAGAGGAUGUGUAAAGAAGGAGCAUACUGGGGAACUGUUUCUGGAGUAUAUGUCGGAGUUGAAUAUGGCAUGGAAAGGGUCCGAGGCACAAAGGAUUGGAAGAAUGCAAUGCUGGGCGGAGCCAUAACUGGAUUGCUCAUUUCUGUGACCAGCAACAACAACAAAGAAAAGGUUUUCAAAGAUGCUAUCACGGCCGGUGCAGUAGCUACCGCCGCCGAGUUUAUCAAUUACCUCACUUGAUCAAGAUCAUCUCGAGUAGCUAGGUUACCACAAUAAGCUAUAGGUCGAAAUGCUUUCAGCUUCUUGUUGCAUUCAAACUCAGAAAGAUUAGAGAGCUGAAUCAAAUGGAAGCUUAAUUAGCUUGCUUCUACAAAUUUGGCAAUUGUAUGUUUACUGCAAGUUCUUAUAUCCAAUAAAAUGGAAAGACUGAGUCAGUUCAUACGACCAAA